AUGUUUUGGGAGUUGGAAAAUAGCAUGAGUCUCACAAAGGAACAAAAGUACACAGAAGAAGAAAGAAAAUGUGAAGAAUUUUAUGUUAAAACAACUACUAGAGAUAAAGAAGGAAGGUACAUCGUGAAAUUGCCUUUUAAGACAGAAAACCCAGAGUGCAAAAGAGGAGAGACGAGAACUCCAUUUUUAGCAGUUCGAACGCUUCAACAAGUGGCAAAGGAUGAAGGUCUUAAUUAUCCUUUAGCAGUGGAUAAAGUUAAAGAAAACUUCUACAUGGAUGACAUGAUGAGCGGUUGUGAAUCUGUAACAGAAGGAAUAGAAUUAUAUACACAAAUGAAAAGUUUACUAAAUAAAGCGGGAUUUAGAUUACAGAAGUGGGCGAGUAAUGACGAAGAAUUGUUAAAAAUGAUUAAGAGCAGGGAAAAUGAACAGGAAAACGGGAAGGAAAAAGAGGAAUGUAAAGAUGGGAUAACAAUAAAAAUGGAUGAAGUAAUAAAAAUUUUGGGACUUACCUGGGAACGGCACAGUGAUCAUUUCCGAUAUAAAGUUGAUCUUCCAGAACUGCUACCACCUAUUACUAAAAGAAAAAUAAUAGCAGAUAUAUCACGCCUAUUCGAUCCCUUAGGUUGGGUUACACCAUGUAUAAUCAUAGCAAAGGUGUUGAUACAAAAGUUGUGGAUAGCGGGGAUUGAUUGGGAUGAUGAAGCACCUAGUAAAAUACUGCAGGAAUAUUGUACUUACCGGGAAGACCUGAAAAGCAUAAGCGAAGUGAAGAUUCCUAGAUGGCUUGGAACGAGAUUAAAUGACGUCAAGAGGGAACUCCAUGGGUUCUGCGACGCCUCGAAGGUAGCAUACGCCGCUGUGGUAUACAUCCGAACUAUUGAUGCGGAAGGGAAUAUCCAUGUGUCGUUGGUAACAGCAAAAUCUAAAGUGGCACCUAUCAAACAAGUGUCUAUACCAAGGCUGGAAUUAUGCGGAGCUGUAGAGCUUACACGAUUAAUGCUGGAGACGUCUAAGGUUCUAAAUAUUGAACAUACAAACCUGCAUGCAUGGACGGAUUCCACAAUAGUUUUAGCCUGGUUAAACAGCUUGCCCAGCCGAUGGAAGGUAUUUGUAGCCAAUCGCGUCUCUGAAAUACUUACCAACUUAAAUCCUAAUCAGUGGUCACACGUAAGUACUCAGGAAAAUCCAGCAGACUACGCAUCCAGGGGAGUUACACCUUCAGAGCUGAAAAAUAAAUCACUGUGGUUAAAUGGUCCGGAGUUUUUGAUGACUAAAAAUAUAAAUUACAAAAAACCUACAGAAUUAACAACCGAAAUAGAAGCCAUCAAAGUUCACAACAUAACAACUGAAGAAGAUUUCUUCGAAAGAUUUUCGAAACUGAGAAGAUUAAUAAGAGUAACAGCAUACUGUCGAAGAUUUUUACAAAUGAAGAAGCCGAAAUCUGAAAGAAAAGACAAUGAGUAUUUAACUACAAAGGAAAUGGAAAAGGCGUUAGAAGUUUGCAUAAUAAGAGAUCAAAAAAUUAAAUUUGAAGAAGAAAUUGAAGCUAUAAAAAAGAAUAUUCCAAUUAAAAACAAUUCAUUAAAAUCUCUAAAUCCAUUUAUAGAUGAAACAAAUUUACUAAGAGUCGGUGGGAGAUUAGAAAAAUCUCAUAUGGCAUCAAGUCGUAAGCAUCCAAUUGUCAUGGCAAAGAGCUCUAAACUCACGGCCUUGCUGAUUGCAGACGCUCAUCAUCAGACGUUACAUGGCGGGCCGCAGUUAACAUUGAAUUACUUACAGAACAAGUACUACAUUAUUGGAGCUAAACAAUUAGUUAAAACCCAUGUGAGAAAAUGUGUUGAUUGCGUGAAGAAUAAAGGUCAGACUUACCAACAAUUGAUGGGACAGCUACCUGCAGUGAGGGUCACACCAGCUCGUCCUUUUUUACGAAGUGGAGUGGACUUUGCAGGUCCGAUCCAAAUCCGCACUACAAGGGGUCGGGGUUAUAAGUCCUAUAAAGGAUACAUAUGUUUGUUCGUAUGUAUGGCGACCAAAGCCGUACAUGUGGAGGCGGUCAGCGAACUUACAUCACAUGGCUUUCUUCAAGCUUUUAAAAGAUUCGUCGCCCGUAGAGGUCCUUGCUCAGAUAUUUGGAGUGACAAUGGCACGAACUUUGUGGGAGCAGCAGCAGAAAUACAAAAGCUCUUCUCCAAUGAGAAAGACAGUAUCCUUCCAGAAAUAGCUGAACAAUUGGCCAACAACAAUACAACCUGGCAUUUUAUCCCACNGUGGCGGCGUAGCAUGGAAAGCGCGCCGCAGAAUCGAAGAGGCUCUACCAGGCGCAUAGUGUCAGGGCGCAACACGUCCAUAGCGGCGGUGCCGUGGCAGGUGUCCCUGCGGGAGAAGACCUAUCCCAUUUGCGGGGGCUCCGUCAUCACCGACCUGUGGCUGCUCACUGCUGCCCACUGUCUCUUGAGGGCCCGCUCAAGCGAACUAAGCGUCCGCCUGGGCUCCUCAUGGAAGACGCAUGGGGGCGAAAUGUAUGACGUCAAAGAGUGCUUCGUACACCCGCGCUACGUCAGCAAGACCAAGAUCAACGACGUAGGGCUAGUACGGCUGUACUCGCCGCUCCGCUUCUCCGAGAAGGUGCUGCCGAUCAAGCUGGUGGCGAGAGAAGCGAGGCUGCCGGCUGAUGUGCCGGCUAUUGUUUCUGGAUGGGGGAAGUUGAAGGAAGGGGGUCCAAGCGCGACGUACCUCCAGUCGUCCACCAUCAAGACGGUGGCCAUGAAGCUGUGCAAGCACUCGGGGCUGGACCGCAAGGCCAUCGACCCUCCCUCCAUGUUCUGUGCGGGCUCCUUCACGCAGCCUUCGCCUGACGCUUGCCAGGGUGACAGCGGCGGGCCAAUCGUGAGUGACGGCGUGCUGAUCGGCGUGGUGUCUUGGGGCCUGGGCUGCGCACGCGGGAACUUUCCCGGCGUUUAUACGCGUCUCUCGCACCACAUCAUCUGGGACUGGGUGCAUCAACACAUCACUAGGAAGCCCGACACAUGACGAAGGCUUUAUUGCAAUUGGGUAAUAUGCAUUUUCGAGAACGACAUAAUAUGUUUGAACACUAUUACGCGUGUUUCUGAUGAAUUACAGAAUUUUAAUUUGCUUACAGUGUCCUUUUCGAAAUUGCAUAUUCAUUCGUUAGUUGUGUAGUAUUUAUGUGUAUGUUUGUGUAGAGCAUUUAAAACUACGAUAAAUAAAGUAUUUUCAUGAGGAGCUUACUCUCUUCUCCCAUGUUCGAGAUUUGCCAGCUGUUGCGAGAGGAUUUAUAUGACCAACAUCUAAGAGCACCAAC